AUGGUGUGUAUAUCCCAUGCGCUGCUCAUGCUCCCAUUCCUGGGCUCUGUAGCGUAUGCGCAGGAAGUAUAUGAUGUCUUGAACAUGCUCACGCUAAUUCACCUAGGCUGCGAACGUCGACGAGAUCGGGAUCGUGUGCGCGGUGACAUAACGCCGGAUCCGGCCAUCGCCGCCCAGGAGAGAUUCUAUUGUGAAGACUGUGUCUGCGAGAACAAGCUACUGGGUCUGGACAAUCCCAAGUUUGGGGGCAAUUGGACCGAGAUAUUCAAGGGCUGGGAUUGGUAUGGCGGCUUGUGUCCUCGCGACUGGCUCUUCAAGUGGGGACACUGGGAUGUGGAGCCCUGGCAGGACCUAGAGUAUCCGCCGAAUGAUGGAUUUAAAGCCGGCUCUCUACCAGGAGGACCUCGGGUUGGCAGCUGUGUGGACCGCUUCGGCAGUCCUUAUGGUGGUUUUCUGGCCGAUCUGGGUACCAAGUACAGCGAACGGUCUAUCCCGCCGAAGAACUUGAUAACGUAUCCGAAUAGCCCGCAGUUCAACUACUAUGUUUAUAAGGUGAAGGAGCAAUUCAUUGCCCAGAAAGGGGAGAUUGCUCCGUGGUUCGGUCAACCUGGGGGUGGCAUCCAGUGGUAUGUGGCUAACGGCCUGAAGGACUUGGUAAAAUAUGGCGUUCUUGAACCCACCAACGUCGAAGAGUGUCCUAAGGAUGGCGUUAUGGAAUGGGAUGAAGGAGCAAAUGCUCCUAGCUUGGAGGCGUGGGAGAGUCUGGAGCCGGCGCAAGGGGACCCAAUGUUCUAUCAUUGA